AUGUCGGACUUCGACUGGCCCUGGCAAUACAAGUUUCCGCCGUUUUUCACGAUUCAACCUAAUCUUGAAACUCGCAAGAAACAGCUUGAUGCCUGGUGCAGCCUCAUCUUGAGCUAUCAGAAACAUAUAAAAAAGUAUCAUCUGGAUAUCACUGAGGCACAGAACUCUGAACUUUUCUACAACAAACAGCUCAACAGACGGCUUUCCCUGGACGCCAUUUAUACAGUUCUGGAGGAGCUUAGAAAAAGAGGAAAUCUUGAGUGGAAAGAUAAAAACCGAACAUCCUGUGUGCUAGUGUGGAGGACACCUGCGGAAUGGGGCAAGAUGAUAUAUAACUGGAUAACCUCCAAGUCAAUGAACAACACUGUAUGUACGCUGUAUGAACUCACUGGAGAUGAAAGCGAGGGACAAGAAUUCCAUGGACUUGAUAAAGACAUUUUAAUACGAGCGCUAAAGACCCUAGAAGCAGAGGGCAAAGCUGAACUGAUGCAGGUUGAUGGCAGUGAAGGGGUGAAAUUUUUCUAA